AUGAAUUCUUUACCAUCCCCUUCGUCCCUUUCAAGCACAUCAUCAUCCACAGGAACCACCAAAAAACGUACCAGCAAAUCACAUGUACCAACCGCUUGCGUCAAUUGCAAAAAGGCCCACCUAGCAUGCGACUUAUCACGACCCUGCAAGCGAUGUGUCUCUGUAGGAAGAGCCGAUACAUGUUAUGAUAUACAACAUAAAAAGCGAGGUCGACCCAAGCUUAGAGAUAAACGUAUAACGGCUCCAUGGAAAACGAGUAAUGCAUUAGGUGAUAGCAACCACAACAACAGCAUCACCACUCAAAGUGUCAUGGCAGUAGUGCCCGCACUAGCUCCCGGAUUUGCCCAUUCACGAUUUAUCAUGACACAGCCCCCAUCCUACACCGAGGCCAAAGCUGGCAACACAACAACAACAACAACACAACGCCCACAAAUCCUCACUAUGUUUCUUUCGAUCGAUUUAGUAUGUGCACGUGUUUCAGAUGAGUCGCUUGAAUUGAUUGGUCUUUAUCCUCAAGAAUUGGCCCAUCGUUCAUUGUAUGAAUUCGUUGUGCCUGAAGAUACAGAGGCGCUUGCACGCGUGCAUCGUUGUUUACUCAGCGCUCGUUUACCAAACACACAAUCAAUGGUCCAUUCUACAUCGAGUAUCUUUACAAGUUUUCCGCCAUCGAACCUUUUAAGCAUUGCCAAUGGGUCCCAGACCUUUAAAGAAAAACUCAGCAUACAACGAUCUGAAGGUACCACCACCACUGAACUUUUCGAUGCACGCUUUUAUUUGGGUGGCGGAUUGGGCGCUGACUUGUUUGUCUCGUCGUCUCUAAGUCAACUAUACAUUGUGUGCUUAUUAACGCCCGCGGACCGGUCUUCAUCACCAAGAUCUAUCUCACCUAAACAACAGCCCCAAUCACAAUCACAACAACAACAGCCGUUACCGAUAUCCACACAACAUUCACCACCACGACCACCACCAUCAAUACCACCACCAGCACUUGAUCAUCAUCAACCCCCUCCACCACCACCUACACCAACAUUAAACGAUCCAGGUUGGCCUUCCGUACCAACAACUGGUUCGGCAUCUCAGGAUGAUGAUUCUUCUUCAAUUGACCACCAACCCGUGUGGAUGCACCCACAUGAUUAUGUUUAUCCCUUGCCUAAUACCACCAAAAGCAUUGUCACUGCUCCUUCAUCUAUGAACAUCAAUGCUUCAACCUCGUCCCGUGCCUUCACAUCCACCACCAGCAUCUCGUCUCAAUAA